CGGAAAGCUGGGCCCCGCCGGGCGGAGAGAAAGGUGAGGAACAGUCGCCGGCUGCCAGACAAUGCUGAGCGGAGCAUGCCGCAGGCUCACCUUGGCCCUGCUGAGGACACGCGCACAGACGUCUGCGGUCACCCGUAGGUGUUUGCACGCGUCGGGGUCGCGGCCCUCGGCAGACCGAAGGAAAAAGGCAGAGGAGCCGCCCUGCGCCUUCGACCCGGCGCUGCUGGAGUUCCUGGUGUGCCCGCUCUCCAAGAAGCCUCUCAGAUACGAAGCAUCAACAAAUGAGUUGAUUAAUGAAGAGCUGGGAAUAGCCUAUCCAAUCAUUGAUGGAAUUCCUAAUAUGAUACCACAGGCAGCUAGGAUGACAACACAUCAAACUAAGAAGCAAGAAGAAAUGGAACAGCACUAGGUUAUAAUUUUUAACAAGCCACCACAACAACUAAAUUUUCUUAAUACCAUAUACCUUUUAAAGCUGAGUGGCGGGUAAUAAGUGGAGGAGAAGAAUGUUUCUGUCUCUUCCUACAUUGACUGUUCUUAUUCCACUGGUCUCUUUAGCAGGACUAUUCUACUCAGCCUCUGUGGAAGAAAACUUCCCACAUGGCUGCACUAGCACAGCUAGUCUUUGCUUUUACAGUCUGCUCCUGCCGAUCACCAUACCAGUGUAUGUGUUCUUUCAUCUUUGGACUUGGAUGGGUAUUAAACUCUUCCGGCAUAAUUAAUGGAACCAGAGCCGAGA